AUGCUGCCGCGGAAUGCCAUCUUCUGCGUCCUCGUGCAGGCUGUCAUGCUUUUCGGCGCCCCGGCGGUCGGUUCCUACGACGAGCAGUGCGGGCCCGUGUUCAGGAGCUACCGACGUUUCGGUGCCAAACACCUGAGCCAAAUGUCCAGUGACUCAAAGGAAGCCAUUAUGAAGUGUCGGAACAUAUCAGAAAGCGCCGCGCUUCAGAGAGAUGCCGAGUUCGAGGAGAGGCGGCACCUGUGCAUCGGCCUCUUCUUUCCAUCGGUGCCAGAGGAACAGUUGGAGGAACACCUGUGUCGGUUCACGAGGAUGGACGACAGCGAGGACGUGCAGAAGCUGCGCAAUAUAACAGCUUGUCUGAAGAAAGGGUACGAUACCUUUGGGAAGGACGAGCGUCAGGUGCUGGAGCUGCGGGCGUCGCGAAUCGAGUGCAUGCAGAAGUACUUCCAGGAUGCUCCACGAGGCAUCCGCGACAGGAGGUACGCGAAUCUGGUGAAGCGAGUUCAGGCGCUUACCGACAGCGUCGUGGACACGAACCGCCAGCACCUGUUCAAGAGCCAAGGAGUAGCGGGCACCCUCUUGGUGCGCUAA